AGUCACAAUUAAUUACCUAUAUAAGAAGGCCGGACAUGCCUGCAUUUGCCAACAACAAAACUCAAAACCAUUUCAUUAUCAAUACACACAAACAGAGCAAAUUUACAUUAACCAUAUAAUAUAUAAUCACAUAUAUAUAUUAUUAUUUUUGUCAUUCAUUCAAAUUAGAUUAACAAAUUCAUCAAAUAAUAAUCAUAAAAAAAUGACAUUCAAUUACCUUCUCCUCUUCAUAAUUUCUUUUGUUCUUUUUCUUGGUAAUUCAAAUAUGGUGAAUUGCAUAGAAAAUAUUGAAGUUGAACCCAUAAUUGAUAUUGCUUCAUUCAAUAGGAAUAGUUUCCCUCAAGACUUUAUCUUUGGAGCAGGUUCCUCUUCCUACCAGUUUGAAGGUGCAGUAGCCGAAGGUGGUAGAACACCAAGUAUAUGGGACACAUUUACUCAUAGAUAUCCUGAAAAGAUCAAGGAUGGAAGCAAUGGAGAUGUAGCCAUUGACACAUAUCACAAAUACAAGGAAGAUGUUCAGAUAAUAAAAGAUAUGAACUUGGAUUCAUACAGAUUUUCCAUUUCAUGGUCUAGAAUGUUGCCAAAUGGAAAGCUUAGUGGUGGUGUAAAUCAAGAAGGAAUCAACUAUUACAACAACCUCAUCAAUGAACUACUAGCUAAUGGUAUACAACCAUUAUUGACUCUUUUCCAUUGGGAUCUCCCUCAAACUUUGGAAGAUGAGUAUGGUGGUUUCUUAAGCCCUCUCAUAAUAAAAGAUUUUCAAGAUUAUGCAGAACUUUGUUUCAAAGAAUUUGGUGAUAGAGUCAAAUAUUGGGUUACAUUGAAUGAACCAUGGAGCUACAGCCAAAAUGGCUAUGCAAACGGGAGAAUGGCACCAGGUCGUUGCUCUAGUUGGUUGAAUCUAAAUUGUACUGGUGGUGAUUCUGCAACAGAACCUUAUAUUGUUACACACAACCAACUUCUUGCACAUGCUGCAGCCGUUGAUGUAUACAAGAAAAAAUAUCAGGAAUCUCAAAAUGGUGAAAUAGGCAUAACAAUGGUAGCUAAUUGGUAUCUUCCACUUUCAGAUUCCAAAUCCGACCAAAAAGCAGCACAAAGAGCAAUUGAUUUCAUGUAUGGAUGGUUUAUGGAUCCAUUAACAUCAGGAGAUUACCCCAAAAGCAUGAGAUCUCUUGUUGGCUAUAGGUUGCCUAAAUUUACUGCAAAGCAAGCUAGACAGCUCAUUGGUUCAUUUGAUUUUAUUGGUUUGAACUAUUACUCUUCAACAUAUGCCUCUGAUGCACUUUUGUCAAGCAAUGCUAGACCUAGCUACUUAACAGAUUCUUUGGUCACUCCAGCAUUCGAGCGCAACGGAAAAUCCAUUGGUAUUAAGAUUGCUUCAGAUUGGUUGUAUGUGUAUCCAAGAGGAAUUCGUGACCUUCUAUUAUACACCAAAGAAAAGUACAAUAACCCUUCUAUUUACAUAACUGAAAAUGGUAUAAAUGAAUACACGGAUUCUACGUUAUCUGUAGAGGAAUCGCUGAUGGAUACUUUUCGAAUUGAUUACCAUUAUCGUCAUUUAUUUUAUAUUCGAUCAGCUAUUAGGGAAGGUGCAAAUGUCAAGGGUUAUUAUGUAUGGUCUUUGUUCGACAAUUUUGAAUGGUCAUCAGGUCAUAGCGUAAGAUUUGGCAUGACCUUUAUAGAUUACAAGAAUGGCUUAAAAAGAUACCAAAAGUUGUCUGCAUUGUGGUUCAAGAAUUUUCUAAAAAAAGAAACUAGACUUAUGUUUCUAUUGAGAAAGGUUAUGACAUUCAUUCAUUAAUUAAAGAGUGAUAUAUAUAUUUGUAAUUAAACAUUAUUUUAUUUAUUUAUUCCGAUGAGGUCCAAUUUGACCAAUAAGGAAUUGAAAAUGGAUGCAUAGAUGUAUUGAUUUUACUUGUGAAUAUAUUAUUGAUUCUAUUGUUGAAUGAAAGAAUAUUAUAUAGGUCUAA